AUGUGGUGCAGGCGGCAGGCGGCUGCGGCCAUUUUGCCGUUGUUAUUGACGGGUUGGCUCACUGGGGAAUCCAGUGAGGCGUUGACGACGUUCGGAAAGAGUAACACGCAACCACCAAAGGAAAUAGCGCCAACACCGCCGCCAGAUUUUUCUAGAACUCAAGGAGCUGUAGACAUCGAAGAUAACAUAAGUUAUCUUUAUGAGUUUACAUCGGUUAAUGAGUUCCAAACUCCACCGAGCUUAAUUCAGUGUGAGUGGGAGUGUGAGUGUGAGUGUGAGUGGGAGUGUGAGUGGGAGUGUAAGUGGGAGUGUAAGUGGGAGUGUGAGUGGGAGUCUCGACCCUGUUCGAAGCAAGCUGAAUGCGCUGGAAUCAGCAGCACGUCUUGCGUCAGGACCCACUACGACCCAGUCACCAGGUGCCUAUGUGGUGACAACCAGCCUCCGGUCAAUGGCCAGUGCGAAGCGCAGCCGAAAAACCUCUACCACGUCUGUGACAACAGCGACGAAUGCGGCGACGGUUUAAUCUGUGGCGCGCCGAACAUCACUAGCGCUGCGCCGGCACACAUGCGCGUAUUCUCGCCACAGGACAAAAUCUGCCUUUGCGACACUGAAAAUGGAUAUAAGGAGAAAGAACACACUUGCAAUGAUGCCGACAUCCUCAAGAUAUCAAUGUUCGCUAUAAUAUUCGUCUCCUGCGUAAGGAAAAUAAUCCUGUAA